AUGGAUGGUGCCUCCGGCGUCACCCAGUGCCCAAUUUUACCAGGAUCUUCUUUCAUUUACAACUUCACAAUACCAAGUGAUCAGUCUGGGACAUUCUGGUAUCAUGCUCAUACUGGAUCUGCUAGAGCUGAUGGGUUAUAUGGUGGCUUCGUGGUCCAUGAUGUGGCCGAGUCAACAGUGCCUGCCUCGCGUUCAUACGACAAAGAGGUUUUGCUUCUGGUAGGAGACUGGUAUCAUCGUUCAGCAAGUGAAGUCAUGUCAUGGUACAUGCGCGCUGGAUCAUUUGGAAAUGAUCCUGUUCCUGACUCACUUUUGAUCAAUGGUGCCGGACACUUCGAAUGUUCCAUGGCAGUUCCUGCCAGACCCGUGGACUGCAAUGAGAAGCAUGUCAGCCUUUCUUACUUUGAUAUCCCGACCGAUACUUCUUACCGACUACGAGUUGUGAACACUGGUUCUCUAGCGGGAUUUACGCUUAUCUCGGAAGCCUAUCCAAUGUCUAUCAUCGGAGUGGAUAGUGUGGAGGUGGAUCCACAAGAGGCUCACUCGGUAGGAGUCCUUUAUCCAGGCCAGCGCAUGGAUCUUAUCUUGCAUGUGCCUGUCCAAGGGAAGCCAUCUGCUUUAACAAUCAAACUGGACACUGAGUGCUUCAAAUACCCUAACCCGGCUCUUAAUCCAACUCAGAAAUUCUCGAUAAAUCCAGACAACAAUGCCUAUGAUCAGGCUAGCUACCCAGUCAAGACUAACGACACAGAUCUCGAUAUCCAUAAAAUCCCAUCCCCGGAGCACAUCUUAGCACUUCUUGAGCCUCACGCAAAUCUAACUGAAGUUGUCUACUCCAAAACCCAGAAGCUGUCCAUCAACCACAACGUACCUUUUGGUUUCUUUAAUCACACUUCUUGGAAGCCGCAGAGCGAUCCGCCAGCACCUCUAAACCGCCUUCCGAGUGAUAAAUGGGACAAGAAUCAGCUUUCACUCUUUGUCCCAGAUCCUGAGAACAUGGGUCCCGUAUGGGUCGACUUGGUUGUUAACAAUUUAGAUGAUACUGGCCAUCCUUUCCACUUGCAUGGCUACCACUUCUAUAUCUUGAAUGUAUACAAGGCUCCUAUCGGCUGGGGCUCCUACAAUCCCUUUACUGAAUCAUAUCCUCCCGGUACCGACCCUGAGACGUAUUCAGACACCCACGGGCUCAACCUUUCACGAGCAAUGCUGCGAGAUACAGUGUACAUUCCCAGUCGCGGUGGAAUGGCCAUGGUAGUGGAUGUCGCAGGUUACUUGAGCGAUUCCAGUGCAGCAUGCCCGUUGCAGACCAUAAUUUGA